AUGCCUAAACGAGCUGCUGAAUCUCAGCUUUCGGACGAAACCCCCACAAAGAAGCAAAAAACUGGAGAAGUAAUCGAUGUGUCCUCGCUGGCAUUCCAAAAUGUCGUGGUGGAUGAUUCUGAAGUAGCUGUUUCAGCAAGGAAAGAAGCCACUGCCGACUUUCAGGAUAAUGGCUCAGCUCCGCCCAAUAACAUGCAAGAUAUUGCAGACGAUGAAGACCUUGAAAAUACAUCUGCAAGGAACAAGACUGAAACACAAUCCAAGACUUCCAACAGCAAGCCAAAAAAGACAAAGAAACCACCAGUUGGUGAUGGCUUCGCAACUUUCACCCACAACACUGUGAUCCCACCAGCCAACCCAUUCUGGGGUAUCAAGCCCAUGCCCGGCGACCCACGCCCCGAUCCCAUCCAGCCCUCAGCCAGAGAAAGCAACGGGCAAACUAACCCACCGUUGUGGGAAGACCGGGGCUAUCGCUACAAGCGCGGUUCUAGAUACGUCAAAUACUUUGGCCCCAUCCCUCCAUCCAACAUCGAUUCCCUAGACAAAACCCUCGACCAAGAAGCCCUGCACAUCGUAAAGCUGAUUGACAUGCGUCCCAAGAGCAAAAAUGACCCAACACCAAAACGCAAACCAACGAUUUACUGCUACGGGAAAACACCAAAAGACUGGAACAACAUGCAAACUAUCAAGGCCCUAAACGACCGCCGCUACCAAGCCAUCGAUCGCACGACAAUGGAUAGACCCUGGCAGCGCAUCGAGCGCGAAUACCUUGCAUCCCUCUUGCAAGACACGCCCGACGCCUCGAUCUGGGAGCUGACGGAGCGCCACAACGCGCGUUUUAUGGGCCAGGACUUCGCCGAAGCCACGGGAUUCGGUUUCGCCAACCUAUCUGCGGGACGGACGGUCGAGAGCGUCCGAUACGAAUACACGACGUACAAGCCGCUCUACGAUGCGGGCAAGGUGCCUGAAGCGAUACGAUGGCGCGGCGAUCCAUCCGUAGAAGGCAAAGCAGUGAAGGAGAGCGGGCGUGCUGAACGGGCAUUCGGGAAACCGAGUCGGGCGCUGGAAAUGGCACACGAUGCUCAACUAGAAGAAGACGAGGCGAAUGCAGCUUCACCAGACAGAAAUGGUGGAACGCUGGAUCCAUUUGAAGGCCAGCAGAAACUCGAAGACGACGAAGAAAUGCUCCUCGAGCUAGCCGGUGCAUACGACAACGACCUAUCCUCCGAGCCAACCCCUCUAGAUACAAACCCCAGUCCCCUUACUCAAAACGACACCAAUCCCACUAGUAUCGCCACCGCCACAACACCAACCCAGCGACUCCUCACAACCCAGCCGCAAACCCCCAAACAAGACACUACACUCCCUUCUCCCUCCGCGGAAGCCACCAUCGUCCAGAACGACUUAGUACCCGCCGCGCCGCGCCGCACCUCGCUGCACGCGAUGCGCAGAAUGGAAAUUGAUGAGAACUACAGUGACGAAGACGAUGCAUGA